UUUUUUCUUUUCUUCUCUCUUUCUUCUAUCUCACUUCCGUGCUUCUUCCUCGAAACCCAUCACUUCUCCCUUAUUCAAUUUGCUGACCACUCCACAGAUCAUACCUCUCUUCCUUCCCCAAUGGCCAGAGUUUACCAGGAAUGCAUAGCUGUUUCAGCUACCGAUGAUUCCCCACUCGCGAGAAAAACUUUCCGCAUUGAGACUCGAUUCGACUCCGUAACAGGUGAUCGGGUUGUUUUAUGGAGAGAUAUCCUACGAGUGUGCGAACAUGCCAAAUACAUCAUGGAUGGUUCCGCAGUCAUUCCUUUUAUGACUGACAGCUCUCUUGAAGAUCGUACUCCACUAAGAUUUAAGCAUCGACCAGAUACCACCGUGAGGAUAGUAGCUAAGAAGCCAAACCUCACUAACAGCGCAGGUCAAGAGACAUCUUCGGCAGGGACCAAUGGCCCUAAAGAGGCUAAUGCGGGGCAGGCCGAGACGACAUCCACAUCAGGAAAAGGACAAGACCAACAGGCAUCAGCGGAUGACUCUGGUGAUUCUAAUAAUUCUGAUAACUCUGACUCUGACUCUGACUCUGACUCUGACUCUGACUCUGGUAACUCGAAGCCUGACAUCAGAACACUUCUUUGUUUCUUAAUGGAGCUUCGCCGGGAACUGAGAGCCCUGGAUGCAAUGGAGUCAGGAGCCACGCCUCAAGAGAUAGAUGAGAUAGAUUCAGAGUAUCAAAAGAGGAUAAAUGAGCUGCAAGGAAACCAACAGGGGUUAUUUCGCCUCCAAAAAAAAGCGAAGCGCAUUCAGAAGGCAUGGCGAGAUGAGCUGAAAUUGUUGAGGCAAAAACGAGAGCAGCUACAGAAAUUGUAUAAGAAUAGGCCUCAAUCAAAUCAGAAGCCAAAAGAGCCAGAGAAGACGGAAGAUGAUGGAUCGCAGUUAGAACGAAAACUAGCUCAGCUGCAAAAGACAGUAGAUCAGCUGAACAAAAAAGUAGAGGAGAUGGAAGGAGGCAAAAAAGUACUAGUGGUUAAUCUCUAGCCAGAAAUGUGUUGCUACAACUAAACCCGUUAUAAUAAACGC